AGGGCGGGAGCGGGCAGACACGGCGCUGCGCUCCGCCAGCCGGCAGCAUGCGGCCCCUGCUCUGCGCGCUGGCCGGGCUUGCCCUGCUCCGCGCCUCGGGUGCCUUCACCGCUGCUGAACCCUUCAUCCCCUCCCGAGGAGACCCAGCUCGGACUGCAGGGUGUGACAGACACAUGGCUGUCCAUGGCCGAUUAGACGUCAUAGAGGAGACGGUGGAGAAGACGGUGGAGCACCUGGAGGCAGAAGUGAAAGGCUUGCUGGCUCAGCUGGAGGAGCUGGCCUGGAAUCUGCCCCCGGGUCCCUUCAGCCGGAUCCCCGACCUCCUCGCAGAGGAGACGGUGAGCAGCUCAGAUCGCCUUUGAGCACCAGAGCAGGAGCCACCCAACAGCUGGCAGUGAUACAACAGCUCUCCUCUGAGAACAGAGCCGUGCGUUCUGGCCUGCCUUCCUCAGCUUUGUGCAAAAUGAAAGCUACUCCUUUGGUCCCCUCUGUGUCUGCUGACAGUGACCCCUGCAGCCACAGCCCCUUCUCCAUCUGCUCCCAUGCGCUGAGGCUCACACCCCCUGCAGGCUCAGACCUGUACUUCCGCCCUCCUUAUUUAUAGGGGUGGCAGGAGUUAGUUCAAGAGGUGAGGCACCUGAGGCGCAGAAUCGUAAGGUGACACAGUGGAAGGGCCCUUUGAGUAAACUUGUUACUCAAAAUGUGGCCGUAGGUGAACAGAGGUGUCACCUGGAAGCUUAUCGAAAAUGCAGAAUUCGGGGCCCUGCCCAGACCUCCUGAAUCAUAAUCUACAUUUUAAUGAGAUCCCCAGGGAAUCUGUGUGCACAUUAAAGUUUUAAAAAAUGUUUCUGUUGAGAUAAAAUUCAAAAUUUUAACCAUUUAAAACAGUACAAAUUCACUGGGUUCAUAAUGUGUAGUCAUCACCACCUUCUAAUUCUCAUCACCACCUUCUAAUUCCAGAAAUUUUCAUCACCCCCAAAAGAAACCCUGUACCACUAAGCAGUCGCUUCCCAUUCCCCCUCCCAUCCUCCCUUGGAAACCACUAAUAUUUCUGUCUCUGUGGACUUGCCUAUGCUGGACAUUUCAUAUAAAUGGAAUCAUACAAAAGUCAGACACAAAGCUUUUUGUGUUUAACUUUUUUUCGCUUAGCAUAAUGUUUUCAAGGUUUGUCCAUGUUGUAGCAUGUAUCAGUACUUUGUUCCUGUUUAUGGCUGAAUAAUAAUAUUCCAUUUUAUGGAUAUAUCACAUUUUAUUCAUUCAUUCAUCAAAUCAGUGGAUAUUUGGGUUGUUUGAACAUUUUGGCUAUUAUGAAUAAUGCUAUGAACAUUCACGUAUAAGUUUGUGUGGAUAUAUGUUUUCAUUUCUCUUGGGUCUGUAAUUAAGAAUGAAAUUGCUGAGUCAAAUAGUAACUCUAUGUUAAGUUUUUGAAGAACCACCAAACUGUUUUUGCAUAGCAACUGUACCAGUUUACAUUCCUACCAGCAAUGUAUAUAUAAGGUUUUCAAUCUUUCCUUAUCCUCCCCUCACAUCUUAUUAUAGGCAUCACACUAGGUGUGAAGUGGUUAUCUUGUGGUUUUAAGUUGCAUUUACCUAAUGACUCGUGAUGCUGAGCAUCUUUUCAUGUGUUUGUCGGCCACUUGUAUGUCUUUUUUGGAGGAAGGUCUAUUCAAAUCCUCUUCCCAUUUUAAAAACUAGGUUGUCUUUUUGCUGUUGAGUUGUAAGAGUUCUUUAUGUAUUGUGGAUACUAGGUUUUUUAUCAGAUAUAUGAUUUACAAAUGCUUUCUCUCAUAUUCUGGGUUGUCUUUUUAUUUUCUUCAUAGUGUCCUCUGAAACAACAGUUUUGAUGAAAUCCAAUUUAUCUAUUUUUAUUGUUUUUGUUCCUUGUUGUUUUGGUGUCAUAUCUAAGAAUCCACUGCCACAUCCAAGGUUAUGAAUCAGUUAAUCCUGUCUUCUAAGAUUUUUAUAGCUUUAGCUCUUAUCUUUAGUUUUUUUAAUCUAUUUUAGGUUAAUGUUUGUAUGUGGUGUGAGGUGGGGAUUCAGCUUCAUUACUUGCACUUAGUUGAAGAGAAUAUUCUUUCCCCACUGAACGGUCCUGGCACCCUGUCAAAAAUCAUUUGAGCAUAACGUUUAGGUUUACUUCUCAAUUCUAUCCCAUGGUUCUGUAUGUCUGUCUUUAUGCCGGUAUCACACUGUUUGAAUGACUAUAGCUUUGUGGUAAGUUUUAAAAUUAAGAAGUAUGAGUUCCCUGACUUUUUUGUUCUUUUCCAAGACUGUUUUGGCUAUUUGAGGAACAGUUCCUUGCAAUUCCAUAUGAAUUUUAGGAUCAGCCUGUCCACUUCAGCAAAAGGCAGUUGGAAUUUUGAUAUGGAUUAGAUUGAAUCUGUAGAUCAAUUUUUAGAGUAUUGCCAUCUCCACAACUAAGUCUUCCGAUCCAUGAGCACAGGAUGUUUUGUAUUUUUCGUAUUUUUCAGUGUGUAAGUCUUACACCACCUUGGUUAAAUUUAUCCUUAAGUAUUUUAUUCCUUUUGCAAUGAUCGUAAAUGGAAUUGUUUUCUUAAUUUUACUUUCAGAUUGUUCAUUGCUAGUGCAUGGAUAUAUAAAUGACUUUUUUGAUUGAUCACAUAUCCUAUCCUGCAACUUUGCUGAAUUCAUUUACUAGCUCUAAUGGGUUUUGUGUGGAUAUUUUAGGAUUUUCUAUAUAUAACAUUUAUAAUCUGUGAAUAGAGUUUUACUUCUUACUUUCCAAUUUGGAUGGCUUUUCUUCUUCUUGCCUAAUUACCCUGGCUAUAACUUUCAAUACAAUGUUGAGUAGUAGUGGCAAUAGCAGACAUCUUUGUCUUGUUCUUGAUCUCAAGGAAAAGCUUUUAUUUUUUCACCAUUGGGUAUGCUUUUCGUAGAUGCCCUUUAUUUCAGGUUGAUAGAUUUUCCUUCUGUUUUUAGUUUCUUAGGUUUAUUAUUAUUAUAUGUGAAAAGAUUUUGGGUUUUCUCAAAUGCUUUUUCUGCAUCAGUUGAGAUAAUCAUGUAGUUUUUAAUUCCCCUUCAUUCUGUCAAUAUGUAUUACAUUGAUUUAUUUUUUACAUAUUGAAUGCUCCUUGUAUUCCUUUGAUAAAUCCCACUUGGUCAUGCUGGCUAAUCCUUAUAAUAUACUGCUAGAUUCAGUCUGAUAGUAUUUCACUGAGGUUUUUUGCACAUUUCUUGUGGCUUUGGUAUCAGGGUAAUACUGGUCUCACAGAAUGAGUUAGGAAGUGUUUCCCCCUCUAUUUGGGGGGAAAGAGUUUGAGAAGGAUUGGUGUUACUUUUUCUUUAAAUGUUUGAUAGAAUUCACCAGUGAAGGCUCCUGGUUCUGGAUUUUUCCUCGUUGGGAGUUUUUGAUUACUGAUCUCUUCUUAUAGGUCUAUUCAGACUUUCUAUUUCUUCUUGAGUCAAAUUUCAGACUUUGUGUGUUUCUAGGAAUUUCCCCAUUUCAUCUAGGUUAUCUAAUAUGUUGGCAUACAGUUGUUAACAGUAUUUUCUUAUAAUCCUUUAUUUUACUUCUAUGAAGCUGUUAGUAAUGUCCUCACUUUCAUUUCUGAUUUUAGUAAUUGAGUCUCCUCUCUCCUUCUUUCUCUGU